AUGUCCAAUAAAAAUUAUACUAUGAUUCAUUACCAUAUCCCAUUCGAUUUAGAUAAUCCAGAAUAACCUAAUCUUAUACGUAUUGUUCAAUUGAACAUCAAGGUUAUUACUUACACUGAUAUCUUAAUCAAAGGACAAUUUGAUUUCAAAUUUCUUUAUUAACAUCAAAAAGAGAACUUAUGGCUGAAUAUUAAAUCUAAUGAUACUCCUUUACCAAUAGUGAAUAAACACAUUCAUGUAAGAGCUGAAAGAAUUAAAAAAUAAUAAGAAACACAACCUACAUAAAUUAUUUAACCAUUAUAGUAAACCUAAUCUUUUUAAUAAUAAAAAAAUGAUUUAAUGUAAUUUAGAAAAUAAAUACAAUAUAAUGUCUCAAAAUUUUUAUUAUUGAUUAUAUUUUUAGAAUAAAUAAUCUAUUUUUUUUAAUUGUUUAUUUUGUUGA